AUUGCUGUUCUGCCGAACCUUCCUCCUGCCAGACCCAAGCGUCCGAAACCCGCUGGCUGUCGCCUCCGUCCCUUGCCUGAUUCCGGAUCAUCGGCACGCUGGCGCCCCUCGUCUUUAAAAGCAGUGCCGCCGCCCAACUCCAUCCCAUUGCCCUCUGUUGUGGCCAUCUCAAGCCCCUCCGCGAGAUUCAAUGCCUCAUCCGUCCACCGCCCGUUUGCACGAGCCCUCGCCCUUUGCCCGGCUUCCGACCGAAGUCCUCAAGCUGAUUCUGCACCAGCUUUCCGACCCGAGCCUGUUUUCGUGUCUGCUCGUGUCCAGACGGCUCUCGGCCCUCGCCAGGGAGGAGCUGUGGCGAGCCCCACCACUCUCUGCAUUUGAAUCCGUGAUUGCUCCCACAACCACGGACGCUGUGUCGAUCCGGUCGUCGGUACCAUCGCCCUCGUCGCUCCGGCAUCGUCAAAUGGAUUCGCUCGGACACACGCUCCAGCCACUGCUGCAAGUCGGACGACUCGUGCGCUCGAUAUCUGUUUGCCACCGUGAUAUGACCAAGGCCACCCCGGCAGUGCUGUGGCUCAUCCUGUGGGCCUGUCCUCAUCUUCGGUCCCUCAGUCUCGAUGCUGGACACGACCAUGUCUCCAACAGACCCUUGAUAAGCUCGGCGUUCCUUCUGCAAUCGGUGUCGUUUGCGUCCAGUCUCCGAUCUCUCAGUCUCGGUACAUGCGACUUGCAGGACCAAACCCUGGCCGAGCUGGCUCGACUGUGCGGACCUACACUCUCCCAAUUAGCUUUAACGGACUGCAGCGCCAUUACCGAGCCCGCGCUGGUCAACUUCAUCUCACAGACGCCUGGUCUCAAAGCUGUCGAGUUGGGCUCGUUCCAGUCCUACCUCGGCACAUUCUCGAACCGCCUGCUGGCCGGCGAAGCCCUCGUCAUGGCUCUGGCCGAUCUCUCCCAUCUCGAGCGUCUUUCGAUCGGGCACGGCAUCUGCUCGGUCCACAAGUCCUGGAUGGUCGGCCUCUCGCCAAAGUUCUUUCCCUCGCUACGCUCGCUCAUCUUUGCCGCCUCCCACGAUACGGCAUCUCCCGAGGCAAUGUGUGUGUGGAUAUCUCACUUGAGGAGUCUCUCUGAGCUAUCGCUGGCCGGCGAUUUCAUCAACGAAGCCGUGGUCGAACAGAGCGUCCUGGCAACAGGACGGACACUGAAGGCGCUGCAUCUUAUCCAAGCAAGCCAGAUGACCAUCCGAGCACUCCACCUCAUUGCCGAGCACUGCCCCAUGGUGCGGUCCCUGCAGUACACCCUGCCCCGGUCCAAUCCCAGGCUCUCUGUCUCGCCGGGCUGGUACGAUGGCGCCGUCGCAGACCUGCUCGACAAGUGUCUGCUGCUCGAGUCGCUCGCCCUGAACACUGGCCGAUACGUCAAGUUCCACGACUCAAGCCUGGAGCAGAUCAUGCCCCGUGCCAUGUGUCUCCGCGAUCUGAAACUCAGCACCGGGCAGUUCCAGAUCUCGGACGAGUUUCUGAGCCGAUGCGAGGAUCGGGGUCUGUUGUUUCCGAGUCUACAGGCCCUGAGCUUUUCACUCAUCGACGAGCAGGGCUGCUUUCCGCCGCCACAGCGCAUCGUGCGCUUCGUGGAGCUGUGCUGUCCGGUCCUGAAGGCCUUUGACUGUGGGAACAUUUCGAUCUGGCGGGAGGUCACGCAGGCACUACCGACCAUCAGACAUCUGUCGUGGUGA